UCGCUUUUUGCUUUGAUUUGUUGAUCGUUACUAUUUGAAACACGUACGACGACGCGCCGCUGGUUUCGCACGCUCCCGGUCUCCCUGACCUAUUUGGAUUUGGCAGCUGUGGUACACUAGGUUUUGAAGAAGAGUGUGUUGUCGCCGACCGCAACCGAGGUGCGGAGAUAAAAAAAAAAAAAGAAAUAAGUGCGAAAUAAAAGCGACACGACUUCCAGGGUGCAAUUACGCAAAAAGCCGGCGGCGGUGCCACAAGUGCGUAGUACACGAGUACGCGUUCGUCGCGAACCUGAACCGAGGUGACCCGUGCCGUUCGACGCGUCGUACGCGACCUCAGUGCAUCUCUCGUUUUUUUUGCUGGCGUUACGUUGAGACGGCUGCUCUGAGCAAGCUGCGGCUGGUAACUAACCACCCUGUCGUCAGCCCCAGACCAUGAAUGAUCCGGAACACAGCCAAGGGUCCGGACGGUUGGGACAAGCCACCGGCAGCGGCCAAGCCUGCAGGCGGCCCAGAGCCACCACAAGGCAUGGCUGCGGUGGCGACACCUAGGGGACGACCCAGCAACGAGGAGCUGCUGCGCAAACCGCCCCAGGAGAUCCUCCGCUGGCUGCAGAAGGUCGAAGCGGAGAACCUCAAGCUCAUGUACGACCAUGGUGCGAUGAUGCAGGAUGUCAACCGCCGCAUGCAGGUGCACCUGAUGGAGAUCCGGCAGUUGCGUGAGGUGAACGAGCGGCUGCAGCGCGACAGCCAGGAACUGCGCGACCUCUGCUGUUUUCUGGACGACGACCGGCAGAAGGGGCGCAAGCUGGCACGCGAAUGGCAGCGCUUCGGUCGCUACACAGCAUCCGUCAUGCGCCAGGAGGUGGCUGCCUACCAGGGCAAGCUGCGGGGCCUUGACGCACGGCAGCAGGACCUGAUCCGCGACAACAUCCAGUUGAAGGAACUCUGCCUCUACCUGGAUCAAGAGCGGUCGCAGACGCUCUGCACAAACUGUGGUGGCGUUCUGCCCGAGGGUCGACGUGACGAUGGUGAUGGCAGCUCGUCCUCGACCAUCACCACUCAGGACGAGCUUCCUUCCCCUUUGCCUUCUUCCCCACCUCCACGACCCUUGCCAUCGUUGCCCCCUGUGCCUUCCAGUGGCAUACCCAAUGGCACGGCGAACGGCCAUGUUCGACCGCCCUCCGUUGUGCCAAACGGAAGCCGGCUGCCCAGCCGGAGCCAGCCGCCCAUGAGAACGCCUGCCAUCAAAGAGGCGAUCCAUCGGCAUAGAACCGUCAUCAAUGAGCAAGUCUUGCGGUAUAUCCGGAAUUUGGAGAAACGCAUUGAGAUUCUGGAAGCCGAAAAGGGCAUCGUAAAGGACAUUCCUCAUGAGGAAGUUACGCAUAAGCCACCACAGCAGCCGCAGGGAGGGCUCGAGAAAAAGUACCAAAGUGGAAUUCCACGUGCUCCUCAAUAUCGGAAACCUGAAGACACUGGUCACAUUCUGCCACCACCCGUGUCACACGGCACCGGCAAAGAUACCUCAGAUAACACGGAACCAUAUGUGGGUGUGGCAAGGCCGGAGGCAGUGGUACACGCUAUGAAGGUCCUCGAGGUGCACGAGCAACUCGACAAGGCUUUGGACAGUGAGCUGGAGUACGAAGAGCUUGCCGAAGGAGAGAAGGCACUUGUACGCGAAAUGUGCAAUGUUGUCUGGCGGAAACUUGAAGAUGGGCCAGUAUGAUGCAGCUGCGACAGUGUCGUCAAGGCAUGCUGAAGAAGGCGACAACUUCUUGCCGGGCAUCCGAUUUUGGCGAGUUUUUAAUCACUGUGGUUUGAGCUGGACAUUUUUUACGGAAUGUCAGACCAGUGCCUUGUGUGCCCGUGCUGGUUCCUGUCACUGCAGCGUGCUACAGUGUCUUUUUUUUUUUUCUUUCAAUCGUUGAGCAUCUGUGAACUUCCAUUGUGAAAGUUUUUGUUUGCAAACUUGGCAGGUUUGUCAUAAGAGCUUUUCUUUGAUGGGGAUGGGCAUGUCCCAUUGCCGAUAUGGGGUGGCUUUUAUACGGUCAAACUUCGAUAUAAGAACCUCGAUUUAACGAAAUUCGCGAUGUAACGAACUAUUUUUAUUUCCCCAUCUUAGUUCUAUUGAAUUAACAAAACCUCAAUAUAACGAAAUUCCCGAUAUAAGGAAGUUUUGCGCUGCAAGUACAACUUCGUUAUAUCGAGGUUUGUCUGUAUAUGUGAUGACCUCAUGUGCAUUAUGUUUUAAUUAAGGCCAUUGACAGUCUUCUACAAAACUGCCAUCAGUAGCAUCCCAAUUUGCUGGACUGCUACCUCUAUCGUCCAUUGGCCCGUCAAGUGCGUAUCGCUGUCAUCUAUUCGAUGACGCACAAUCUAGAACUGUUAGCACAGUGCCAAUAUUUGGAGUUUUGAAAUCGGUUUUGCUGCAAGAACACACAAUAGACUGACACACAAGUGCUGCACACCUUUUUUUGUGUUUGGAAACACACAUUCUAUGUGUUUCAAAAAUGUGUUGAACAUAUUAGACUGCAGUGUAUUUUGCAGUGUUUCCAAAACAUGCAUUUCAGAAACACAUUUCUAGUGUUCCCAAAAUGUACAUGGGAUGUGUAAAUACUUGAAAUGUGUUUCCAAUUACGCUUUCUGCAGUGUCUUUCCAACGCAUUUUCUAUAUGUUUCCAAAACACGUUUUGGAAACACAGUGAACCUGUGUUUCUGAACACACCUUCCUCUAGAUCAGUCCAGUGGAAAACACAUUUCCUUUGCGGAAUUCGAGAGUUGGUUCUGCGUGUUUCACCACCCUAACAUAGUGCACGUGACAGCUCUCUAAUUUACACAUUCCUCACCCUUGUUCAUGCCCUUCAGUUUAGGACCUUCUUCAUCAUCAUUCCAAACCCCGCCCCCCUAUCUUGCCACCAACUUCAGUCUUUCAGUCUUGCCAGUGUAUAUUCUGUUUCAUGCAUAGCAGGCAAUUCUAUGAAGUCUAGAAAGAGUUGUGUCACUGCAUGCAUUCGUGACCCCAAAAUAGUAUAUUACUCAUGAAUGAAUGGUAUAUGUACAUGCCAUGUGAUUCGAUGUUAUAUUGUCUCGUACAUUUAGGCUGCAAAAUGCCGUACUUAUUCUAAUGUAAGCCAAAGUUGUUUUUUUCCCCAGAGUUGUUAACCUUGCGCUCGCACCCCCCCCGCCUUAUAUGCGAGCAUGAUAGACUCGGUUACAUCCCAAAUUUAGAUUUUAGAUGGCAAUGCAAAUCGUAUCAACUAAUAAACCUUGGCAGGUGAGGCAGUACCGUAUUUCUGCGCGUUUAGCCCACACCGAUUAUCCUGAUUGCUCGGUGUUUUGAGCAGUCUCCACCAACUCUGAGUAAUCCGUAGGCUAUUCUAUAUCACCUUAUUAUAUUAGUGUACAUAAGUUCUCUUUCUAAGGUGCCCCAACUGCACCCUUGCCUUAUAAGCGUGAGCACCUUAUAUAUUGAAUAAAUACGGUAUGUCGUGAUUAUUGCAUGAUAGGAAUUUCUGAUUUGAAACUGUUUGGCAGCAAUCGAGAGGAGAGACACAUUUCUGCAACCAGCGACCCCGGCGCACCACUUGCGUCCAGAAGGUACAGUGUAGACCGCUUAUAACGUAAGUCGCCGGAGUUGCGAAUAUCCGCACUAUAAGCGGUACCGCACUAUGACCAAAGCAACAAUUUUCAAGGCCCGCACAUAUGUAAAACAUGUGCACCGAGCCGCCACGCGUAUGCGACAGGCGAGGAAUGCGGCUAGAACGUUUACAUUCAAUUUACAGUCGAAUCUCGUUAUUUCCAACCAAAUCACGCGGCGGCGCCUCCGACCGGCAUUGCUUUGGCACAGCCAUAGAGUAAAAGCUUAGGAGAAACCCCUCAAUGUCGCGCGCGAACAACGAAAAAAAAGAAAAACAAAGAAAAAACAAACGCGGCGGAAAUUUCCCCCUCUCAAAUGGCAAGGUCGCCGAUUCUGCGUUGCGCCGGAACAUGCGUGUAAGUGCCGACGUCUCAGCCACGCUACCAUAGCCACGCGUAGAAAAUGGCUGUGAACCCUUCUUUCUCCUUUAUGCUUCCUCUAUUUUCUGGUCACGUGUUGACCUUGCACGCUGCGGCUACGGCGCAGAGGUAGCCACUGUAGCAGAGGGAAGCAGCGGCGCUGUCCCAGGCCGGCCAACGAAACUGCCCACGCCGGCAAACGCCCGCUUCCUGAUAACGGCAGAAAACGAAACUUCGGGGAGCUGGCGCCGGGCCGGCUGAAGCGGCGGCGCCUGCACGGCGGCGGGCGCGCACGGUGACAGUCGAAAGUGAGGGAGCUACGAGGGAGGGUGAGGGGAGCCAAAGCGGCGGAGUUGCCGAGGCGAAAUCCGCUUCCCUGCUGUCUCCUCCCUCACAUUCCACGGUCUCCGCGUGCGCCCUUCGCUGUGCCGUGCCGGUGCCGCCCGCUCCCUUAAGUUUCGUUGACUGCCGUUAUCGCGAAGCGAGCGUUGGCCGGCGUUGGCAGUUUCGUGGCCCUCGCUCGCUAUGCACGCUGUGAUUUUUCACGACUCGCACUCAAGAUUCUGGUUUCAGCCUCACUGGCUGUUCGUUCGCACCACGUGCCCUUCUCCUCCACUUCGUCUCUUUCUUCCUCGAGCACUCCUUGAGGCGCCCAUUUGAGGGGAGCGUUCGCUGUCUCCGCUGACUUCCGUACUCCCAGGCAGCUGCACUAUAAGCGAUACGUGUAUACAUGGAGUGCUAUGGGAAAAUUAACGGGAGUCUGAAAAGAUCGCACUAUAUCCGGUCCUGCACUAUAAGCGGUUACGUUAUAAGUGGUCUAUACUGUAGUACAUUGCAUACUGGAAGCGCAUUGGCGCACAAAUAAUAUGCGAUCUGACAUGAUCAUAUGUCGAUACAUUGCAAUUGUAACAUAUGAAGUAGUUAUUCUGAAGAAAGCAUCGCAGAUCAAUAAUCAGUGUACUGCAGAACGCACGGAGCCGGACGUCUUGUAACUGCACUACUUGCGGAAUUACCGCGGCUUUGCCUGCCAAGUAUGAAACAGAGUGCUACAGUUCUCUCAUCCAUGCUUGAAUCAAGCUGCAAUCUUGCAUUCCCCCUCGGCCACAAUUUCCAUAACUUUGCCAUCCUUCCGUCCUUGUCAUCACAAAUGCUCGCGAUUAACAUAAUUCUGCACAAGCAAUACCACAACAGCCAUGACCAUCCAAAAUGACAGUGGUGAGUGCAUUCAUAGAGAUAUCCUUCGUUGAUCUUAUUCAUUAUCUAUUGUGCCGUCUUUCCUUUUGUUGUUUAUUUCGUUUACCUAAGAUAUUGAUCCUUGUGACCUCAGGCACAUCCGAUCCUCUAUCACCAUGCAAGUACCGUGUUCUUGUAGGUCGUGCUCUCUUUUUGAGAGUGUGCUGCUCGAAGCAGUAGUUGGAAGAAUCAAAACGCAAGCAAUCUCUGAAUAUAUUUUUCUCCUAUUUACACCUCUGCACCUUGUUAUUCUUCACCAAAUUUUCUCGCGCUUCGUAAACACGUUAUGAAAAGCAUUAGCCACUAUGUCGGGAUGUUUUCUGACGAGGACUGAAGUGCAUUUCAUUCUACUCUUAUGAUAGUGCAGUAGCAUUUCAGCUUGUGCUUGAAGUUCUUUAGGAUUGUUUCUGAGCUGUCCUGUAGACUGCGCCAUCACAUCGCUUUUAAUAGUAUUAUAUUUUCGAACAAUAUCACUGUUUAGGAUUCAUCUUUCAUGUAGAAACAGUUGAAGAAAACUUAUCAGUCUAGUUGAAUAAGGCAAAACCCGGUUACAACAAACUUCAAUGCGGCGAGUCGUGUCGUACAUUGAACAACCUGAACAUUCCUGAUGUUAAGUCCCAAAUUCAUUGCUUAUAUUUGAACUGUGUGUUGUAUGUAUCAACCUCUUUUGAUAACUCGCUGCCAGAAACAGGAAAGCUCCUGCUUCCCUACUGUUGGUAUUGUAGUAUUUGAGAGUUUGAGCAUGGUCUUUACCAGCAAUAGAAAGUGGGGGAACAUUGAAAAGACACUUGUUUGCUUAGAUUGCGUGGACAUUAGGAAGCCUCGGGUAGUCAGAAUUAAUUGGCAGCCUUCCUAUUUUUACAAUAGCACAGCUAUUUUCAUGCGUAGCCUAAUUAUCCUUUCAAAUUCAUUUCACGCAUUCACGUGUGAUACUUCGCUGACUGGUGAGCUAUUAUGACUGCAGGCUAAAGAAUGGCUGCUGAAAUGUUAAACUUGUUUGUGAAAUUUCAAUUUUAGUCAAUCACAGAGCCUGUGUGUGAAAACAUUGUUCCCCUUAUGAUCUUUACAUAGAGCUGUUCCUUGGAAUUUCUUAAUUGUAUUCAUGCAUGAUGCCAUCCAAAUCCUGCAUUUAAAGAAGUCAUACUUUUUAAUUUUUCCACUUAAUUUCAUUCCAUUUCAAUUCCAUUCCAUGUCAUUUUUCUAUUGUAUUUGUUUUGAUGAAUGUUUAUAAUGAACUUGUGAUCGUGAUCAAAAAUCUAAUGUACACUGUUCAGAAUAUGUUUAAGACACCGGACAAAUUGAACAAAUUUUUACUAUAAUCACAUGCUUUGUUGUAAGCGGGUUUGCCAUAUUCUCUAUGACAUGUACCAAAACGAAUUUUAUUAUAAAUGAAUGGCAUAAAAAUGCAGUAACAUUCACCCAAAUCAUGUAGGCCUAUUCAUGGAAAUUUCAGGCUGUAUCAUCAUCUGAUGUGAAAAGUAUUAUACAUAACAUUUCUGAACACAUCACACUUCCAUGAAUCGCAUUUUUUUAUGUAAGCGGGUUUGGCUUCGUUACCUAUGACGUGUACCAAAAUUAAUUUUAUUGUAAAUAUAAAUGGCAUGAAAAUGCAAUAACAUUUGCCCAAAGCAUGUAAGCAUAUCCCUGGAAACUUCAGCUGCAUAGCAGCAUCUGAUUGUAAAAGUAUUAUCCGGAAUUUUUCCCUUUUAUGUUUGUGUUAUCACCUGUAAAAACGAAAGAUCUCUCAUGAUUUGAUGUGAUGAACUCGUUAGAUUUUGCUAUCACAGCUGACCAGAUGUGCCGUUGCUGGCCAAAGUUGGAGCGCGGCAAUCUUUUUGUGCGUUACGUUCUUUUUUAUUAUCCCUGUGAGACAGCAACAAAGGUUCUAGGGAUUCUAUUGCCCACUUUGUUUUUUAUCGGUUGCCGAAAAGUGCCUUGCCUUUCUGGGCGUUUUGUGCCCCACUCGAAUCCUGUGUAAAUAUAUAGGUUGUGAACUCUUCUAUAGGCUUAUGUUUGGAAGGUAGUAGAAAGAAAACAGCCAGGGUAUUUGUAGUUGUUCUUUCGAGAAGGUGUUGUGUUGUCUCGUAGCGGCGACUGAUCGUGUUUGUUUUUUAACCAGAAGAGGGCCUUAAGACGCUCGCGAGUGCCAUUAGAAGGAAGAGCCUGUACGAUUCUCAGCUGGACAUGCAUCGUCUCGGCCCUGUGUUGACAAGCACAGUCUCUUUUUCGAGCCGAUGGCGAGUGGCAUUCCUUCUUGUAGCAACAAAAGGAAGGGACCUAGACUUUUUUUUUUUUUUUUUUUACACAGUGCAGCAGUUGAUGGGUUGUCGACUUUUUUAUUUCUUUUGCCUUGUUAGACAUUCGCACAUGUGAAUGUACGCUGAUUGCAAGGCUGAUAAAAGUAGGAUAAUGUGGUACUAGGGUGCGGGGUAGGCAACUGUUUACUAAGAAGAGUAGACCGCUCUUCUUCGAGAAGCAGGGAAGCGUGAUAAUGAGGCCACUUGGCGUCGAUGAACACGGAACGAGAAGAUGAGCGAAUGUAUGUCUUCAGAGUUGUCCUAAAUGCUUUGUGUAGACAACUGUGAAGUUGACAAACUCGGUGAACUAGUGUUCAUCGACUACGAAGUGUGCAUUGUCGGCUUACUGACCGGCAACUUAAAUCUACAGAGACGAGGAUAAAGGGAUGUUUAUUGGUUUUCUGUCAAAGCUUACAAGAGCAAACGGUUAGGGGCAGUGGUGUAGGCGGGGACAUGUAAUGCAAGAGGCAACAUGGGAAUUGGGGGUGGGCUUCUAAUCAAGCCCGUCAACUGCUGCACUGUUUGUGUAUGCACGGUUCAAGAGAACUAAAAAAAUGUGUUUUCUUUUAUGUGGUGGAAAAUUCUGGAGGGCCUUUCUUAGCAUUGUGACCAUAAGUGGCCUCAAAGCAUUCAAAUAACUGGUGAAUACUGCAAUUUCUGGACUACAGUGUAUCAAUUUCCCAUCAGGACACACAAUUCCACGAACGCAGCAGUGCUUACAAGUGCUAAGAACAUAUUUGUACCCUUGUAUCAUCGAGAGUUGUAAAAAGUUUUAUAGGCAAUAGCAGCUGUAUGGCAACAAACUCCACUGUGCAGUUUUUACACUAGUUCGGUACCAGCUUCUUCCUGGUGUCCCAGAGCAGUGAUGGUCUAAGACAGAAGCUGAGUGUCUACGUAUCGUAAUAGGCUUUGUAGGAGAAAAGUUUGAUGGUGACAGACCCUCUUGAAAAAUGUUAAGUUGGCUUUCUAGCAAAGCUGCAAUAAUCAUUAGAGAGGCUUUAAGUGUAAACGUGUCUGCGUGUGCGUGCAAAGUGAUCUCGAGAGCACACUCGAAGGAACGAUGACGCCUCGCUAGAGAAUAGAAACAAGAAUCAAGUCAAUUAAGUUCGAUUAAUUAAUGCACCAUUGCCUUAGAGACCAACGCUUUUGUAAAUGAGAUGACAACAUAGAUCAAGAUGAGAGAGGAACGAUUGGCCCCACAACUUUGGAAAUGCAGAGCCAGAUUUUGCCGACACAAAUCGUUCUGGUAAUUUAUCCCUGCCAGAAGGGUUCGUACAACCUUAAAAAUUAAAACCUAGCAUUUUUCGAAGAGGUUCGUUACCAACCGGAUCACAUGUUGAACUGCUGAGAAAAGCUAAGGAAAAAGCUCCGUUCUGUGGUGUGUUCGAUGUUGACAACCAGUGAAGGGACUGAAAAUGUGCGCGCAGUGUUUUUUUCCUUCGCUGAAAUUUAUUACUGAACAGAAUUGUCACCGGAACAUGUACAUACACGUUCGAGCAAGUAGUAUUCCUAUAUAUUUCUUUCUUCAUAUACAUUCAUACAACAAACAAUCACACAUGUGCCACAUAUAAAGAACACUCGUGCCUUACAACAGAUGAGCGUGUAUUUUUUGUUGCAUGUUACGGUAGUGCCACAGAGUUUAAAAGGUUGUUCCAGUGCUUUUUUUUUUUCUUUUUAAUCAUUUCGAGAUAGAUACUAUACUUAAGAACGGCAUCACGAAGAUAACAUGUACAAACAGUUGUAUACGUAACAAGGACAGUGCCUUAUAAAGUAAGCUGCAGAUUAAAUUUUUUUUCCCCAGAAAGCUAUUUGAAAUACACAACCUGUGCCAUUUGCAAAACUUCAAAUUUCUCUUACAAGAGAAUUAGCAUCUAGGUGACAGCCGCUGAUGACACAGCAAUGGCCAAUUAAAAAAAAAAGUUUUGCCAAAUUUGGCUUAAGCCUCUUUAUGCUUCAGUGACAAAUUACAUUACAGCUUUACAGUAUUUUCUUGUAACUUGCCUUUUCUUUGCUGUCUGAAUAUCAUGAAAGAAAAGCCUAGCAAAGUAUUCUUUGACUCUUAAUGUGGAACGGCAAGAAACUGUCGUCCACUUGAGAAAUCUGCAGCUAACUUUUGAGAAGAGUUCAGGAUCUUACGCUGAAUCAAAUCACGUAUGCAAAGGUCUGUGUGUCGUGAUGGUUUUGGAGCACGGAGAAUAAAAGCUAUGCAAUCAUUUCACA